GUUGUCAUCACGGUGGCGCUGUCGGUAUGAUAUCUACACUACAAUACUUUAUUGAUUAGCAGGAAAGUACAGACGAUAGGCCUACGACAUUGGUAUCAACUUCAAACUGAGAAAACUAAAUCAUAAUGCGUGAAUGCAUCUCGGUCCAUGUCGGUCAAGCCGGUGUCCAAAUUGGUAAUUCCUGCUGGGAGUUGUACUGCUUGGAGCACGGUAUCCAACCUGACGGUCAGAUGCCAAGUAACCAGACCACUGGGGGUGGCGACGAUUCUAUGAGUACAUUCUUCGGUGAGACUGAAAGUGGAAAACAAGUUCCAAGAUGCGUAUUUGUUGAUCUUGAACCGAGCGUUGUCGAUGAGGUUCGAACAGGCACCUACCGUCUACUUUUUCAUCCCGAACAGCUACUUACCGGCAAAGAAGAUGCAGCAAAUAACUACGCCAGAGGUCACUACUCCAUCGGUAGGACACUUAUUGAUGACGUCGUCGACAGAAUCCGUAAGUUGGCAGAUCAGUGUUGUGGUCUUCAGGGAUUCCUGAUCUUCCAUAGCUUCGGUGGGGGUACUGGAUCCGGUUUUGCUUCACUCAUAAUGGAACGUCUGUCCCUUGAUUUUGGUAAAAAGUCGAAGCUACAGUUUUCCAUCUACCCAGCACCCCAGAUAGCGACUGCUGUUGUCGAGCCAUACAAUGCAAUCUUAGCAACACACUCAACUCUCGAGUACUCUGAUUGCGCCUUUAUGGUCGAUAACGAAGCUAUCUACGACAUUUGCCACCGUAAUCUCGACAUCGAAAGACCAUCCUACACCAACUUAAACCGUUUGAUUGGCCAGAUCGUAUCCUCAAUUACUGCAUCUCUACGGUUCGAGGGUGCGUUAAAUGUGGACUUGGCUGAGUUCCAGACCAACUUGGUUCCCUACCCACGUAUCCACUUCCCUCUUGUGACCUAUUCUCCAGUCAUCACACCUGAGAAAGCUUACCACGAGCAGCUUUCAGUAGCUGACAUAACCAACGAGUGCUUCCUUCCAGCCAACCAAAUGGUAAAAUGUGAUCCUCGAAAUGGGAAAUACAUGGCUUGCUGCCUGUUGUACCGUGGUGACGUCGUGCCAAAGGAUGUAAAUGCAGCCAUUGCUACCAUCAAGACCAAGCGAAACAUCCAAUUUGUUGACUGGUGCCCAACUGGGUUUAAGGUUGGCAUCAACUACCAAUCUCCAACGGUGGUACCAGGAGGUGACUUGGCAAAGGUACAACGUGCUGUGUGUAUGUUGAGCAACACCACAGCCAUUGCCGAGGCAUGGGGUCGUCUUGAUCACAAAUUCGAUUUAAUGUACGCCAAGCGUGCUUUCGUACAUUGGUUCGUGGGUGAAGGUAUGGAGGAAGGGGAGUUCGGCGAAGCUCGAGAAAAUAUGGCAGCAUUAGAAAAGGACUACGAAGAGAUCGGCUUAGAUUCUCUUGAAGGCAUAGAGCUUGAAAGUGAAGAAUACUAAUCUGCAUUUUUCCUUUGAAAUAAUAAAUGCAGAAUUCAGAUAAUAAAAGUAACAGAUGAUCAAUACAUAUAUAGGUCUAAAAUAUGUAUAGACCAAUAUAAAAUACGUUUUCGUCACCACAACGACUCACUUAAUGUAGCUAUGUUUACACCUUUAUUAUGUUACGCCGUCGGAGCAGCCACCGAGGUGUCGAAGUGGUGCUUGUCGAUAACUGUAUGAUACGAUGUACAAUAUGAUGACAGUCCAUGGGUUUCGAAACUGUAUGCACCAUAGGAUGAGCAUGGGAGGAUAGGGUACGAGAGUAAAGGACGCAGGAACUGCUGGCGUAUUUAAGGGGGAUUUUGGUGGCACAAGAACACCAGAAGAUAACUCUCAGUCGCUGUUUAACGCGGUGUGGCAGGGCAGUGAUAUGAGCCACUGGGCCAAAUGCGAAAUACAAAACACCUAUUUACACUGACAGUGUACAUCGGCGUUCGAAAUGUAUAAAAAUUGCAUUAAAACUACCUAGGCUCUGACAUGACACUUGGGAUUUUUUAUAUGAUAUUUUCUAUACAAUUUAAGCUGUGGUUGCAUAAAUAUACAUUAGAAAACAAUAUUUUAAAACGAAAAGAGAACAAGUAGAGCUAACUAUUUUGACUAAAAAUAAUAGGAUUAAUAUUUGAAGUUUCAUAAGUUCGAAUUAUGUAGUAGACCUCACAACGAUUUUAAUGUAAAUUAACCCUUAUAUUUGUAACGGGGAUUCGUCAUUUUACUAUGAAAAACAUUUGUUGGAAGACAGUUUACACCGACGUUUCCUGUUUUUUUCGUCCUUUCCAAAUAUGCGCCACGGUUAAAUAUACUUAUUAUUAAUUUCGUGUGAAAUUGGUUUCUCUAAAAAGACAAAAGACGCAUUGUAAAUAAUGUACUGUACUCUUAAUUAAGUGCUUAGCGAUUAUAUUAAAAAUAAAUUAUGAUAUUAUGAUAAGCACCACGGCGCUUAUUCAAGAGUAGUGCCUAGCUAAAAAAAAAAUGCCGUUUGAUGCGGGGUUUUUUCUUUUUGUUUUUUGUUUUUUUCGAGAAAGGUUCUAGAUCAUUUACGAUACCAUUCAGUACUUGGAUUGUUUACUGUUGUAUGUUUGGGUUGUCAUGGUUACAUAUUGGCGAGUAAUCUUACCAUUAUAUAACUGUUUUGUGAGGUUCCUAUGACUAAUAAUAGUUUUUUUUUGUGCAUAAGAUGUGUUGUAAUAAAGGGCGAAAGGUGGCCAAACGUCGA